AAUUUGAUCAUUCUGCUAGUCUGAAUGAUCUGAUGGCCUGGAUGUUUUCUUGUACCAUCUCCAUAUUAGCACUUAUACUCCUACAAUCAUCACCUAUUGCUGCCCAAAAUAAUGCCAACAUAACAGUUGGCCAAUCUAUCAUAGCCACCAGCAAUGGUACUUCAUUGCUUUCCCCUUCAGGCGAUUUUGCCUUCGGCUUUCAUCAAAUUCCUGAUAACAGCAAUCUCUUCUUGCUCGCUAUCUGGUAUGCUAAGAUCCCUGAUACCAUAGUUUGGUAUGGAUAUAAAGGUAACCUCGUUACCUCGGGAUCAUCAGUAAAAAUAACUGCUAAUGAGGGUCUAAUUCUUAGUGACCCUCAUGGAGUUCCUCUAUGGAAUACCACUGAUGAAUUAAGUGGUGGAGCUGUUAAUCAUGGUUUUCUGAAUGACACAGGGAAUUUUGUGCUGAAAAAUAGCAGCACUACUGAUGCAGUUUGGCAGAGCUUUGAUCAUCCUACAGAUACCUUGCUGCCUACUCAGUCAAUGGAAAUAAAUGGAGUGGUUAACUCUAGGCUAUCUGAUACUAAUUUUAGACAGGGGAGGUUCCAGUUACGAUUAAUUUCUGAUGGAAACCUCGUUCUCAAUACUAGAGAUCUGACAACCGACUAUGCCUAUGGUGCUUACUAUACUAGUGGCACUAAUGGCCAAGCAAAUGCUAAUAAUUCAGGCCAGAGAUUGAUCUAUAACAAGUCAGGGUAUAUGUAUAUAUUAAAAAAGGAUGGCUCAAGGUACGAUCUCUUACCACCAGGUAAGACAGUCGCACAAAAUGAUUAUUAUCAGAGGGCGACUUUAGGCUUUGAUGGGGUUUUAACAUGGUAUUCUGUCUCAAAAACUCCCAUUACCAAUGAUUGGAACAUGGUGCAGACGACACCAGACAACAUAUGUAUAACAACAGGAUCACCUGAACCAGAGUUAGGCAGCGGAAUUUGUGGGUUUAAUAGCAUUUGCAGACUUGGAAAUAACAACAGGCCAACAUGUAAUUGCCCACAGGGUUAUUCUCUACAAGACCCUAAUGAUACAUAUGGAAAUUGUGUACCAAAUUUCAAGCAAAGUGUUUGUGAAGCACAAGGCCAGAGUGCUGCCAAAGAUAAAUAUGAGCUACAUGAGCUUAAAAACACUAAUUGGCCAUUUGGUGAUUAUGCACGUCUUCAAACUGUCAGUAAAGAGGUUUGCAGAAGCUCAUGUCUCAAUGACUGCUUCUGCGCUGCUGCCAUUUUCAAUGAACAUGCAUCCACAUGUUGGAAGAAGAAGCUGCCACUCUCCAAUGGAAUGGAAGACACCGCGGUAACAGGGAUAACUUUUCUUAAGGUAUGGAAUGGUAAUAGUUCUGACAAUCCUACAGUGAUAAAUAAGAAGAAUCAUGUAGUCAUAGCCAUGUUGGGUACAUCGGUAGGUGUUAAUUUCCUUCUGAUAAGUGCAACUAUUUUGGGAGCUUUCAUCAUGUAUAACAAAAGUCAUUCUACAUGCCUUAAAGAGCAUCAGAGUAAAACUUUCAGUGAGUAUAGCAGUGUCCGCUGCUUCAGAUACAAGGAGCUUGAACAAGCAACUGAUGGGUUCAAGGAAGAGAUUGGGAGAGGGGCUUUCGGUAUAGUGUACAAGGGAAAGAUUGGACAGAGAGUUCCCCCUAUUUUUGUUGCUGUGAAGAAGUUAGAUCGUAUAUCUAAGGAUGCUGAUAAGGAGUUUGAAACUGAAGUAAAUGUAAUAGGCCAGACUCAUCACAAGAAUUUAGUUGGAUUUAUAGGAUUCUGCAAGGAAGAUGAUCAGCGGUUAUUGGUGUAUGAAUACAUGAGCAAUGGCACUGUAGCAGAUUAUCUUUUCGGUGAUUUAAGGCCAAACUGGGCUGCGAGGAUUCAAAUUGCUCAUGAUAUUGCAAAAGGGCUCUUGUAUUUGCAUGAGGAGUGCAGCAGACAGAUCAUUCAUUGUGAUAUAAAGCCUCAAAAUAUCCUACUAGAUGAUUAUAAGCAAGCCCGUAUUUCUGAUUUUGGUUUGGCAAAGCUUUUGGUUCUGAACCAAACACAUACAAACACGGGAAUUAGAGGGACCAAGGGCUAUGUUGCUCCCGAAUGGUUUAGAAACAAGCCAGUCACAGCAAAGGUAGACGUCUAUAGCUUUGGGGUUCUCUUGUUGGAGAUCAUAUGUUGUCGAAAAAGUGUGUGCAUGGAACUCAUUGAAGAGCAAGCAGCCAUUUUGACAGAUUGGGCAUUUGACUGCUAUCAGUCUAACAGAUUUGAUUCACUUGUUAAUGAUGACAUGGAGGCUCUAACAGACAUAGCUCAAUUAAGGAGAUUUGUAACGGUAGCCCUUUGGUGUAUCCAAGAAGACCCAAGCCGACGACCAACAAUGCAAACAGUCACACGGAUGCUAGAUGGGCUUGCUGAAGUGCCUAAUAACCCUCCUUGUCCAACCUCAUUUUCAGUUACCACCCAAAGUUAAGCUUGUUGACUUAAAACAUGUAGCUUAGUAUAUUUUCAUAUUGUAUCUCAUAAUUUCGCAGUGUAUUUAGCUGCCGACUUCCAGCACAAAUAAUCUAUCUAUGAAUUUAGUUUUGCAGUCAAUAAUAAUACUAGCUUAGUUUUGAAUUA